AUGGGCACCGUACUCAGCAUCAGUCCCCGCGAGAAGAAAACAGCGUCGACGAGCUAUUCGGAACCGUCUUUGAGCAGCCAUUUGACAAACGACAUGUCUUUCAACAGAGCCACUACGACUCCUCGCGACGCUGUCGAUGACUCGGGUGACAAACUGCUGUCCGAAAAGGCUCUGCUCGAGAAGUUCUCGCGUGCCAGCGCAGUGGCUCACCACCACCACAACAACAACAAUAAUAAUAAUACCAGUGUCAAUAACAACAUCAACAACAAGAAACACGGCAUGUUCCUCAACGGAUUGAGCUGGAAGAGGCUCACGUCCGGCGGAGCGCACUUGGGACUCAAGUGCAACCGGAACAACAAAACGGACGCUGUCGUGAAAAACGGCGCCGUUCGGGCGCCGUUGGAAGCCAUUCACCCCGCGUUGGACAACAACAAGAAUAUUCAGAAGGCGUUGUCGUGCUACAACAUCAAGUCGAAGCAGUGCGACGGUGUUGUUAUUGCUAAUAACAAUCAUCACCAGCAAAAUGGACGAACGGCCGCUGCGGCGGCGGCUGCGGGACACGGAUUGAAGCCGUUGUUUCCGGCAGUGCAGGCGGCCAUUUCCGCUGCCAGAGAGCCCAGUGUUGGGAUCAGUCCCACGAAGAAGACGGUUAUACAGGCGUCCACUUCCGAGCUGCUCAAAUGUCUCGGAAAUUUCCUGUACCGGAAAUGUCGACGGCUACGGGACUUCCAGCCCGGUGACGCCAUCAUGUGGCUGCGGACAGUAGACAGAAGUCUUCUGCUUCAAGGAUGGCAGGAUGUGGCGUUCAUCAAUCCGGCAAACGUGGUGUUUGUGUACAUGCUGGUCCGCGACCUGGUGCACGAGGACAUCAGGUCGGAGCAAGAACUGCAGGCCGUCGUUCUCACCUGUCUCUACCUGUCCUACUCGUACAUGGGCAACGAGAUCUCGUAUCCGCUCAAACCAUUCCUCGUGGAGGACAACAAGGAGCGGUUCUGGGAUCGGUGCAUCCUCAUCGUCAACUCCCUGUCGGAGGACAUGCUCCGCGUCAACGCAGAGCCCAGCUUCUUCACCCAGGUUUUCACGGAACUCAAGGGCAUCGGCACUGCGUUUGUGCCUUGAUGAUUUUACGUAGCCAUCAUUGAGCAAUCUGCUGCAACGGAUCUCCGCCGUAUAAUAUCAGCAUUGACAGAAACGGAAUUCCUUUAAUGAAAUAGCUGUGCGAGAAGAAGAAGGAUCAUGUGCUCUGAAGACGAUACGACAUUCCUGUUGCUUGGGUUUGGCCUGCUGCUAUAUGGAGGAGGAGGAUUCUGCAUUUCGCGCGAAUUUCCCUCUGACUCGACUCGGGCGCAAAAGCUGCUUAUCCUCUCUUCCAACAUGCACAGCGUUGGUUAAUAAUAACUUGCGGAAAAUUUUAAUUUUAACUCAUGACCAUGAACCAAAAAUAUCACUCUCGUUCCAUACGCGUGAAAGAAAGGCUAUUCAAUUCUAUAUAUGCCGUCCUUUUGACUCGAAUGAAGAGAUCUCCAGCAGUUUACAAAAUUAAGAGACAAAUGCAUUGACCUAAUAUGUGCGCCACCAACCUGAUUUUAAUCGCAAAAAUUCCUUUUUUUUCUGAGAUAACGAGGAUUCAUCAAUCGAACAUGAUCUCGACAAAAAAAACCUUGUUCAUUUCAGGAAGAUGUAGUUAUUUGGAAGAAACGUUGAUUUAAAUCAUCCACUAUUUAAUUGCUUGACGCAAUGGAUCUAUAUUAUUUUCAGGAGGGAGCAUUAUUUGUGGAACAGCUGAUAUUGCAAAUGAAAAAAACUGUCAGGAAUAACGACAAUAUCAUUCAUGUCGGUAUGAGGAAAAGGGAAACGGAAAAACUUGGGUUUGCACGUGAGAUUGAUGAGGUCCACAAAAUUAUAAUUCUUUUCAUAGGGUUGCAUUAAUUGAGACGAAAAUUGCUGCGGAUAAUUGCUCAGUCAGUUUUCGUCGCGAUGAAUUUUGGAACCACCCAAAAGAAUUUUUCCUCCCGAUUGCGAAUUUUUUCUAUUACUUCCGAGUGGAGAUCGCUGCUAUACGAGAAGUGUUGCGCUGAUUCCGAAGCCCUUCGCAAGGCAGCUAUUCGUUGUUGUACUGUGUAAGUGAAGGGAAAGAACGUUGUUGUCGAAACCCAAGAUAUAAUGAAGAUUAUCAGAAUUAGAGUUUGCAAUGCGCGCAUGUGUGGUGAUACGCACGAGAUGUAUUUCGAGAGAGAGAGAGAAAGUCUUGGAGUUCUAGGAUGGUGAAGAAAAGGGAAUAUUAAUUCUAGGUUUGCUUUUUUUCCUGUAAAAUGAUUUCUUUUUUGUUGUUGUUCGAACUGUGGGCAUUGCGCUGCCAAAUUACUGCGAUAGUUCAGGAGUAUGGCUUUUUAUGUUCAAAGCUUUUUUGUCGAUUCAUGUGUUUUGAAAGUAUGCAAUAAUGGUCAGAAACCUUCCUUUUUGGAGGCAGACUGUGAUUGUGAUGAACCCGUUUGGUCUCAUUUGUUACGAAGGUUCAAUUCGCUUGCGUUCAGCUGCUCUGUAUUGUUUCGUGAUGUUUGAAACUCCGGAUUGACUGUGAUCGGUUUUUUUUUUCUUUGUCGCAGAAGUUAUUCAUUCGAUUAUUCCAUUCACUUCUCUGGUCGUCUGUUCUCUUUUGAGCCCCGCUUUUUUUCAAAUUCAAAUCGUCGGUCUUCUAGAUUUUUUGAAAGAAAUUUGCUUAGAGAACCGAACGUUUGAAAGUUUUAGAAAUUUCGUGGACGUCAAGAAGAGUUGACCUUGAAUCGGAUGUCUUCCCGUUUUACCGUAGUCGCGUUUUUGUGACGAAAAGACGGAGAUACAGGCAAACAGAACAGCAAAUUUGAAAAAUUAGCACGAAUUCUGAAGUUAGUCAAAUUUUUGAGACUUUUGAGAAAAUGCUCUGGCAUUCUGUUCACGCAUUUUUUUCCGUCGACUGGGAGAAAACUGCUGUUGAUUGAAAAGAUCUCCUUUUUCUUUGGAGAUCAUAAUUCGACCUUCUGAAUGAGCCGCGAUACCUUUUUUUCAAGUCACGCGUGGAAUUCCUUUACUUGAGUUUUGCGUUCGUUUUCGCGAAGAAGGAACGAAAGACAGGCCAAAAUGUGCAAUACUUAUUGGGAAAAGCUCCGCGGAAUGUGCAGGGAUCUGCGAUUGAUGUGGACUGCCAUCUGGAAUCAUCAGCUGUAAUUUAACCCCCCCGCCCUUCCAAAAUAUUUUCUUGUCGUGAAGAUUUUCGGUACAUAAUCAUUCAAUGGUAAUGACAGAUGGGUAUCAAGGCAUACGCGGCCAGUUCCUGGGAGUCAUGGAAGUUUUUCGUUGUACAAUCAGUUCUUCUCGAACUUCAGAAAGGAGCUAAGCCUUUUUUCAAGUCGCAGAUUUGAUACAGAGUCAAAAUUGUUGAUAAAUCAAGCAUUCCGAGGAAAAAAAAACAGAGAAUUCAAAAUGUUAUGGUGUGGAGAGUCGAUUUAAUGUGCUUAUGAUCGACGUGAAUUUAGAUUUGCUGAUAUUCGAAGCGCGAAUUUUUUGGAUACCCGUAUGGUAAAAUUUUGAGUGAUAAUAAAGAUUUGGAAGAAAAUU